GAUCGCACCGUUACCUCAUCUUUAAGCAACCGGCCCCUUGCCAGAGUGUUUUUUGAGGCCGACAUUUUGGGAGAGAUUCCUACACUGUCAUAAUCUGCAUACAAUGAAAAAAAAAUUCGGAGGGAAAGCACGUAGAUUAAGCAUUUAACUGUUUGGUCUGUUUUAGAUUUGCUGAUAAAAAUAAAUUGCAUGUAUAUUUUCUCUCUUCAAUGGUUCGUUGACUUGCUGAAGAAAACCAUUGACAGCACUGAAAAAUCAGACUCAAUUGAGAUUCGUAUUAAAGAUCUGACGCAGGUACUCAACCAAAGUUUUUACUCAAGUGUUAGCAGGAGCCUUUUCCAACAGGAUAGGCUCUUGUUUUCACUGUUGCUGGUGAUUAACUUCAAGUUCUCUCGACAAGAAAUCGACGUUUCUGAGUGGAGUUUCUUGAUGAUGAAAGAGGAAAAAUCAAAACAUGAGUCGGACCGUUACUGUCACUGGCUUCCCAACCACUUGUGGAAUACUGUUUGUCAGCUCAGCAAACUUUCUCCAUUUAAGGGACUUCAGGAGGACUUCAAUAAUAAUGAGCAAGCUUGGAAGAAUAUUGUGGAGGCUUCAAGCUCUGAAGAUGUUCCUUUCCCAAAACCAUGGUGCUCGCAGUUAACUUGUUUUCAGCAGAUCUUGGUUCUAAAAAGCAUUCGUCCUGACAGACUCCUUCCUGCAGUCCAAGACUUUGUAACUGAUGAAUUGCGCAAGGAACAUAUGGAGAACCUCGAUCUAGACUUGGCGUCUGCUUACUCAGAUUCGAAUUGUUCUGUGCCAUUAGUUUGUUUGCAGUCUCCAAAUGUUGACCCAGUAUCCUCUUUAAUGGACUUUGCUUCCUCUAUGGACUUUACUGGAUCUCGAUUCAAUUCUUUGUCGUUAGGAGAAGAUCAAGGGAUUUUUGCUGCGAAAAUUAUAGAAGAGGCAAUGAAAAAUGGUACUUGGGUGCUACUCCAAAAUUGUCACCUCGCUGGGGAGUGGAUGUCUUCUCUCGAUAAAAUCUGUGAAAGUUUGAAUUCAGAUAACACACAUAUUGACUUCAGACUCUGGUUGACAACAUCAUCUUGCAAAACAUUUCCAAUAAAUAUUUUGCAACACUCAGUGAAGUUGGCAUUUGGAGGGGAAGCUGAUUUCAGAAAGAAUAUCUCUCGUUGCCUAACAAAUUCUUUAGUUGGAGAUGUUGAAUCAUUUGAUAAUUCAAAACUAGCGGAAAAAUUCAAGAAGAUUGUGUUUGGUCUGUGUUUCUACCACUCAGUGAUUUUAGAGCGUAAACAGUUUGGUUCAAUCUGUUGGAACUACAAUUAUAACUUUGAUGACCUAGACUUACGCUGCAGUGUGGCACACGUGCAGGAAUUGCUCAAACACAGUGAUAAUUUUCAUUUCGGACUUCUUCAAUAUUUGAUCCCAGAAUGUAAUUAUGGUGGUAAAAUAAUGGAUGAAUGGGAUCGGCGAAGUUUGAAAGUUCUAUUUGAUACUUGCAUGUCACCGCAGAAUUUUGAUGUUGAGCAUUUUACUUAUGACAGAAAAGGGCAGUUUUACAUUCCGAAUGAAAGAGAUAUUGACAUGAUCCUUUCUCGUGUCAACAAAUUUCCGCACACACCAAGCUCAGAUGUUGUACAAGUAAAUGACAAUGCUAUUGUUGAAUUAAAUUCAGCACUCACCGACGGAUUCCUGUCGAGUGUGGUUCUUUGUCAUUGUCAGGAUAUUAUCAUCAAACCUGUCCUCACCAAUGAAGAAAUAGAUUCAAUUUAUUCUGAAACAAAUGACAAGAAAGUGUAUGAGAAGGCCAAUUUCAUUUUUUCAAACUUACCCUCCAUGUUUGAUUUGAAAACUGUGGCGGAAAAGUUUCCUCUUACUUACAAAGAAACUAUGAACACGAUUUUCACGCAAGAAGUGCAUCUUUACAAUUGCCUCCACACGACUAUUUACAAUUCAAUGAGGGAUAUCUUAAGAGCAAUCGGAGGAGAAAUGGCGAUGAGUACCUCUCUGGAUGAUGUUUAUCAAUGUAUUUUAAAAGACAAAGUACCAACUGUUUGGUUGAAUGACUCGUACUCUUCUCUUAAAUCCCUCGGAAGUUACGUUUCUGAUUUUCUUGGAAGAUUGAUAUUUUUCCAGGAAUGGUUUGACACGGGCAUUCCGGCAUCCUUUUGGAUCUCCGGUUUUUUUCGACCAGCUAGUUUUUUGACUGGAAUUUUGCAGAACUUUGCACAUAAAAACUCACUAUUUGUUGAAGAUUUAAGUUUUGAUUUUGAAGUAACAACACUCUUACAUCCCGAACACUAUGGAACAUAUGCAGAAACGAAAGGUGGCACAAGAGUAUAUGGUUUAUUUUUAGAGGGAGCUUGCUGGGAUUUACUCGAAAAAGUUCUAAAAGAGGUGUCUACAAGAGUCAACUACGCCCAGUUUCCAAUGUUGCUGCUGAUACCAGUGAAUAAAUGUGAUAUUGCUCAUGAGGGUAACCAAUACAUUUGCCCCCUGUACAAAACUUGUGACAGACGGAGCUCCCUAGUUGACUGUCAGCAAUCUCCAAAUGUAGUGACAACUGUUCGCCUCAAUUCAGAUAAGCCUGUUAACCACUGGAUUCUGCGAGGAGUUGCUUUAAUCACGCAACUCUCCGAUUGAAAGGUUUACUGGUUUUAAAAUUUUGAACUAAAUGUGUAUUUUUUGUAUGAAUAAAUUUUUCAUACCUUU